AUGUCUUAUUUUAAAAGUAGUUUAAAUAUAUAUAGUAGUAGUAGUUAUAAUAGUCGAGAUAUGCAUCUCAAAACAGCUGAUGAAGCUAAAUCUUGUAAUUCAGGUAUUAUACAAGAUUGGGGUUUUGCAGAGUUAGCAGCAGGAAACCCACUUUCACCUUGGAAAAUAACAAAUUCAACAAAUUUUAAAACCUCUUUUGUUCGUCAAUUGGAGGAAGGAUUUCAAGAUAGAUCGAUCACCGGUUAUUGGGCGAUGGAGAUUGAGCUGCUAGAUUUCUACUCGACAUUCACCUACUAUAUCAAUCAGAGUGUUGUACUUCCAAAUAACUCUAUUGCAAACGAGGGUAUCUAUAUUUCAUUUUCAUUUGACAGCCCUCAGAUGGAUACCCAAAUCACUAUAGAGAUCGAUGGAUUCCAAGUUUUUCAGAUAUCACCAACCUCCACACAGUACGAGAGAUCCACACAGAUUUUCUAUAUACCACUGUUUUGGUUGGAUGGCAGAGCCCACAAUAUCAUCAUGGGAAUUGUAUUCUUUGGUAGUGGAAUCAACAGAAUCUAUAUUGAGGAUUACAAAGCUUUUAGAAUGCAACUGGAAGAUGGAGCUUAUCCGAAUUUGUUAAAAAAAGAUAAUUCUUAUUAUAUCGAAAAUCAAAUCAAACGAUCUGAAGAUACAGAUACCAAAGAUCAUGAAUAUUAUGUUGCCUCUAAUGGAAGUGAUUGUACUGGUGAUGGUACCUAUGAUAAUCCUUAUGCAUCGAUUCAACAAGCAAUCUAUUUUGCCAGUCAUUCCAAUUCAAUUAUUAAUCUAUUUCCUGGAACAUAUUGUGGUCUUGGAAACAGCUAUUUAGAUACUCAGAGCAAAGGUAUUAGAUCCAACAAGCUGGAGACUGGUUCUGCCAUUUUGAUCUCCGGUUUAACCUCUCUCAGUGUUACCAACUGUGAUUUCUCGAAUCUGCCAAACAACUCGAUCACACUCAACUACCUGUCGGAUGUUUCAUUCUAUAAUAGCACGUUCAUGGGUUACACAGACUAUGCUAUCUAUGUGACUGGUCUGCUAGGAAACGAACAGCUGAUAAUCGAUAAUUGCACUUUCCACGGUAGUAGUACUCUAUUCCUUUUGAAUAUGGACAGUGUUAAAAUCGUAAAUACCAAGAUGCCAGGUUUUAAAAAGGAUAUAGUUACACCAAAUUGUGCAUUCUCCAUCAACAUGGUCAACACAGUAAGCCUUUCGAAUUCAUAUAUAGGAACUACCACCUGUGCCGUCCAAACCAACAUGACACUAGAUAACGUAGUAAUAGGCAGUGAAUUUGCAACAGCCACGACAAUCCUGUUAACUCAAAAUGCUCACCUCUACAUAAGAAAUAAUGUAUUCAAUUAUUUUUCGACAAUCAACUGUAUCUUGGCAUUCCAUGGAUCGGUUACCAUUGAAUCUUCGAUAUUCAACACGACCGCUGCCUAUACAACAGUUAUGGUCGAAUCCUGUACUCUCAGUAUUACAAAUACGACAUUCAGAAAAGAGUUACGUCCAGUGGCACUCGAUUCUGCCAAUGCGCAAAUUUCCAACUCUACUUUUGAAAGUUGUAUGCAGUUUGUCUCUGGAACUCAAUCGAAUUUAUAUUUGGGAUUCUCUAAGAUCACAGAGUACGAUGGUUAUACAAAUAACUUUGUAAACUCUCUAAUCAACUCUGUGAACAACAGCUAUACCGACGUGUAUUCACUUACACCGAUAUUUACUCUCUAUCGUACCACCUUCAACGACUACGGUACUUAUUUGUAUGCCUCAAUGUCCACCUAUAUCCAAUCGAGAACGCAGUCUAUUGUCAACAUGAACUAUACAACAUUUACAAAGUGCCCAGGAGACAGCUUGAUUUUUGCAUCCGAUUUUUCAAAGAUAACAGUUUACAAUAUGUUGGCCAAAUAUAAUCAUAUUGAAAGUCCCGGCUGUAUAUUCAACGGUGUAGAUCAAUCCGUUAUAUUGGUAUACAAUUCCAAUUUCACAAAGAAUUCCGCAAAUUUCGGUGGUGUCGCAACAACAACAGUCAAUGCCAAUCUAUCUUUUUUCAAUUGUACUUUCAUCGGGAAUUUCGCUACUCAAACCGGUGGAUUGGUUUACACUACCAGUUCAGUCUCAGUGACAAUGGAGAAUGUCGUUGCAAUGAACAAUCAUGCACGUGAAGGUUCCAUCAUUUAUUACACCCAAGAGAUACCGUUUAUAGGUGAUUCCUUUUUUAGCAAUAAUACUCAGACCUAUGGUUCAGAGAUUGCUCUUGGUACUGCAAGUUUUGAUUUGACCUAUGGAGUAAAAAGUCUUACCUUCAUUGACAGUGGAAGCAGUGGAUACAGUUUCUAUUUACAGCUCCAAGAUAACAAUUACAAUAAUUUGACAAACAAAUUCUGUAAGUCAUCGUGUAGUGCCUAUAUUUCGUUGGCCGGACAAUUCUUGCAAUCCUGUGAUAUCGCAGAGAAUGGAACAGCACAAUUCAUCAAUAUGACUCUGAUUGGUCAGGUUGGAUCGGUUUCCAAUCUCGUCAUAUCCAGUAAUGACCCAUCGAUUAACGAACUUUCAUUGCAAAUUCUAUUUAACAAUUGUACACCGGGACAUCAACCAAGUCAGAACGGACAACUAUGUGUUCCAUGUCAAGCCGGUAGCUAUGGUACUGACGGUUGGACAUGUAGCGUUUGUCCAGCCAAUGUCAUUUGUAAUGGUCCCGACUAUCUACCUGCAACGGGCUAUUGGAUAGAAGAUAGCUUGAAUAACUUGAUAGCCUAUCCAUGUCCCGAAGGUUUGUGCGGUGAAGGUGGAAACUGUACUCAAGAUUAUACCGGUCCUCUAUGUGCAGCUUGUGAACCUGGUUUCUACAAUUGUGGAUCCGGUUGUAAGAAGACCGAAUCUGUCAACGUCACCAUUAUCAUACUAAAGGUAUUAGUUUUCUUUGCGCUGGUAUUGUUCCAACAACUUUCCGAUGAUUCCAGUGGUCUUGUAACGAUUGCUUUGUACUUUAUUCAGAAUCUGGUUGUCAUUUCCAACGGUAUCAAGUUUAGUAUUAUCAGUGCAUUCAGUGGUUCUUCAUCUAGUCACGCAGGUUCCAGUAACUCGAUUAUAUCGUUUAUGAACGAUUGCAUCGCUCCACUGUCUUUCUACACGAAUCACUACAUCAUUUUGAUGCAACCGCUAUUCCUCUUUGUUGUGUUGACCAUCAUCAUUAUCAUUGAGCUGACAUUCCGUAGAACAGGAAUCAUCUUCAAAGUACCGUUCAUCAAAUCAAUGAUAUCGGCAAGUGAAAGUGAAUUCCGUAAUCGUCAAUUCUCAGCGUUCAUAAAGAUCUGUAUGAAUUCGUAUGGUCCGCUCAUUACCGAGAUCCUUCUUAUUCUCUUUUGCUACAAUGUCGGUAGCUAUGUGCUGUUGAAUGCCAAUCCUGGAAUACAAUGUCAAGGUUCCUCCUAUGAAACCGCGAAACACAUAACCUGGGGAUUACUCUCAAUCGUUAUACUGUUCCCAUUUUUGAAAUAUCAACCGUUCGUUCAAACCAUAGAUAAUCACUUGGAAACAAUCUCACUCACCUUGUUGUUUGUAUGUUGUAUCUAUCUUGACAAUGCACUCUGGGAGACAACCGAACAGUGGAUUCUACUACUUAGUUUGUUGGUAUUUAUUGGUGCCGCUCUCAAACUUCAAUUCCAAUACUACUGGAAUCAAGCCAAGAAGAUAGCGACACCGAUCCUAGAACGUAUUCGUGCGUGUCACUACGGAAGAAGUGGUGGUCGUAGUCGUACCUACAGUCAGAAUCACGGUGCUAACGAUACAACGUUUGACUAUGAUCAAGAACAAGACGAUGAAUACGAUGAGAACUCAAGUUUGGUUGCAUCAAACAAAGAUCAUAUCGGUAAAGUCGAUCAACGUAACAAUAUGAGUCUAUCCUUUAGAGUUGGUUCAUUAGGUAACAACAACAAUAACAAUACCACUGUCAAUUCAACAGAUCCAUCAGAACAAACUUUUGAUUCAUUUAGUGAUUUCGGUUCAUUAAAUUUCGAAAAAAUACAAUUACCAGUUAGAAAAUCUUCAACUAAUCAAAAUGAUAAUAAUAAUAAUAAUAACAACAAUCAAAAAGAUAAUAAAUAA